AUGUCAACCGCCGCUGAGACGGAGGCUGACGGCUUUAGUCAGCAACACCCUAUGUCACGUGAAUAUAUCAUUUUUUGGCAGUCGAGACGUCACUCCAAGCAAAAGAUCUUGACGGGAAUACAGUACGGGGAUGGGACGGGAGACGCUGACCGUGGGGAGUGUCCCUUUGGGUUUUUGCAUAGCUUUGUACUAUUCUUUAUGUCGGUCCCUGCAAAAAGAUUUCACGAUGGUGGGGUAGAUAAAUCAUCAAAGAAGACCAAGAAAUCAAAUCUCUGGUUCAACAAGAGCAACACACGGCAAUGGAGCUACAGACGUGUUAUUGAGAGAGGCGAUGCGGGAAUGUUUGUCACGUCCAACCGGGGAAAGGAGGCAAAAUGCGUGUCCGAGAUCAUAGACUUACUCUACCAAGAUCUUGAAGGCCAAAGCCUUCGUGUUGAAACAACAAAUCGUGGAGAAGCAUCUACUUCGGAUGCGGAUUGUACACAACAAGAAGAGAAGGAAGAUGGCGAUAUCGAGGCCCAAAUUCGCAAAGAAAUAGGUGACAUGAAACCAAAUAAGAGCACUAAAAAAGACAGCAAUACUUUCCAGGCAGUGAAACUGGACAUACCUUGCCUAUCCUUCAUAAAAAUCGACAAAACGCUCGAUCCGGUCCAAAUUGCCCAUCGCCUCUGCAAAGAAGCGUCGGAAGAUCCAGCCAAAAAGCGCAGCCGAUGGAUCCAGCGAAUAACGCCCGUAACGCUAACGCAGAAGGUCCUCGGGGGUGGCCUUGAGCAAUUAUCACGCGAGGUUCUGAAACCACACUUCCACUCUGGCGGGCCGUCGAAAAAGCCAAAGCCGUCGGACCCGGCCACUCGGUCAAUUUGA